AUGAAAGACGACAACUUUACCAUCUUGGCUUCGGCUCUUCUCGGUGCACUUCAAAUGGCAAUUUUUUUCGGCUUUGAUAUCAUGACUUUCACUGUUGGAUCUGUAAUGCAUUCUGUUCAAUCAAGAUGUCCCGAUUGUCUCAUCGAUUUUGCUGGAUAUUAUGGUCAAUGUAUCCUUUAUAUUGUCUACACUUUUUCGAACCUUAUCGCACCGGUGAUUCUGGAAAGAACAAGUAUUAAGACAACUCUUGUUUUGGGAUCAGCCUCGUUUGCGAUAUUUUGCGGGAGUUUCUUUCUCGUUCGAACAUGGAUUUACUUCGCUGCUUGUGUAAUUGCCGGAUUUGGAUUUUCUUUAUACUAUGUGGGUGCAGGAGCGUAUUCAGCAAAGCAUUCAACACAAGCAAAUUUCUCGCGAAAUGCGGCCAUCACUUGGAUGUGUGCCGGAUCAACAAUGAUCCCAAAUGCUCUCUUCAUGAUUAUUUCAGCCGAAUUCUCAAAAUCUCAAGUUGAAUCUGGGAAUGUGACACAAACCACACAAUCAAACGAAUACAGAGACUAUUCUGAUUUCGAAAUCCGAAUGUUAACAACUGGGACAAUUGUGACGGGAAUUGGAAGUGUUCUGUUAGCAUAUUUUCUACCAAAUAGAGUCAUUCCUGAUUCGAUUUAUUCAAAAAGAAAAGCUGCUGAGAAAACACUCAAAGGACAAUUGAAAACGAUCUGGUGGGCUUUAUGUCAAAAAGGAAUGGUGAAACUGAUUCCACUUCACGUUUUCACUGGUCUUUUCGCUGCUUAUUGGCUCUCGAUCUACACAACAACUAUUGCUUUCACUGCUUCAUUCUCUGAAUAUUCCAAUCUCAUUGCUUACAGUUGCAUGGCAUUCGCGAUUGGCGAAAUUCUACUCGGCUUUUGCAUCAGUUUCGCGAAUCGUCAUGUAAAAGACUUUGGUUUAUGGCCAGUCCUAUUCAUUACUUGUUCCUCUUUUAUGAUAUUGGCUAUAUUAUUGGUAUUGUUUGUCCCUCCAGAGUCUCCAAUGCAUCCCACCAAUGAGAAUUCCUUCUUUGAACCAAGUGUUGUGAUGGCUGUUGUAAUGGGUGGAUUGAAUGGAGUGGUUGAUGGGUCGAUGAAUAAUUGUCGGAUGGUUGCUUCAGCUAAAGCUCUGCCGUCGCACCCGGCCGUAGCCUUUUCGUUGGCAAAAUUCUAUCAGGCAGCCGCAUCAGCUGUAUUCUACUAUGUGAGCAGUCUAUUCACCAUUUAUCAACUCGUCAUCUUGUUGGCAACACCCUUAUUGAUAGGUCUUUUCACGUUUUCUUCUCUCAUGAAAGACAUUCAAGAGGAAGAAAAAGGGAAAUUAUCCGAGAAGCAGAUACCGAAAAUUGAUGCU